GGCGGCAGCGGUGGCGAUGACGGCGUCGAGCUGCGGAGGGGCUGGGGCUGCCCGCUCCCUGUCGCGCUUUCGAGGCUGCCUGGCUGGCGCGCUGCUCGGGGACUGCGUGGGCGCCAUCUACGAGGCGCACAACACCGUCAACCUGACGUCAGUUCUGCGUCACGUCCAGAGCCUGGAGCCGGACCCCGGCUCGCCCGGGAGCGCGCGGACAGAAGCUUUGUACUACACAGAUGACACAGCCAUGACCAGGGCCCUGGUGCAGUCCCUGCUGUCCAAGGAGGCUUUCGACGAGGUGGACAUGGCUCACAGAUUUGCUCAGGAGUACAAAAAAGACCCUGACAGGGGUUAUGGUGCUGGAGUAAUCACUGUCUUCAAGAAGCUCCUGAGCCCCAAGUGCCGCGACGUCUAUGAGCCUGCUCGGGCCCAGUUCAACGGGAAAGGCUCUUACGGCAACGGGGGUGCCAUGCGGGUGGCUGGCAUCUCCCUGGCCUAUAACAGCAUCCAGGAUGUGCAGAAGUUUGCCCGGCUCUCAGCCCAGCUGACACACGCCUCCUCCCUGGGUUACAACGGUGCCAUCCUGCAGGCCCUGGCUGUGUACCUGGCUUUGCAGGGAGAGUCGUCCAGUGAGCACUUCCUCGAGCAGCUCCUGGGCCACAUGGAAGAGCUGGAGAGUGAUUCCCAGUCCCUCUCGGAUGCCAGGGAGUUGGGCAUGGAGGAUCAUCCAUACUCGGGCCGACUGAAGAAGAUUGGAGAGCUUCUAGAGCAGGAUGCGGUGACCAGAGAGGAGGUGGUGUCUGAGCUAGGGAAUGGCAUUGCUGCUUUUGAGUCUGUGCCCACCGCCAUCUACUGCUUCCUGCGCUGCAUGGAACCCGACCCCGAGAUCCCCUCUUCCUUCAAUAGCCUCCAAAGGACUCUCAUCUAUUCCAUCUCACUUGGUGGGGACACAGACACCAUUGCCACCAUGGCUGGGGCCAUCGCUGGCGCCUACUAUGGGAUGGAACAGGUGCCAGAAAGCUGGCAGCAAAGCUGUGAGGGCUAUGAGGAGACAGACAUCCUGGCCCAGAACCUGCACCGGGUCUUCCAGAAGAGUCUGUGAGGGCCCCAGCUGCUGGGGCUCCGCCAUGUCCAGCAGGACCAACUACAGCUCAGGUUGGAAACCCUGAGCUUCCUAGGGCUUUGCUCCCCACCUCAUUCUUCCUGCAGUGUGAGCAGAGUGCAGUGCUGGGGCUGGGGUCUUUAGGGGAAAUCACUGGAACAGUGAAUGAGGGACUGGUGCCUCCCUGGUGCUGAGUUUCUGGCUGCAGAGCCUCGGACACCCCUGGCUCCUCGGUUAGACAUAAGAAACCAGGGCAGGUUCCAUUGGAGGGGUAGUUGUGGCAUUUUCCUUUAUUAUCUAGGACAUGGAAUUGGGGAAGUGGAAGUGAUCUGCAGUAGCCUCAUUUGUCCUCGUUGAGAUUUAGCCAGUUUGCCAGAAAGCAGCAGGUUUCUAUGAAUCAAGGAGAUGGGCACUUGAAUCUAACUGACCUCCAUAUACACCUGGCCCUGGGCUGUCAUGGGCUUGUUAACAGCUUCCAGCGGAAGCCACAGAGCAAUAAACAGUUUUUGGUAAACCCCA